AUGGCUGGCAUCAGCUGGCAUCCCCUCCAGACUCCCGACUGUGUUAAGCGCCCACCUUCCGCCUUGUUUCCGAGGGAAAUUUUGGCUGAACUAUACCAUGUGUUCUCCCUACGCCUCGUUGCCAGGAACCCUCCUUCCAGCGCUACAUCUCCUCGGUUCAUUACUGGCCCUCCAGAGCCAAAGUCCCCGCCGCCCACUUCGGAGCCAGCAGUAUCAUCGUCAUCGAUGGGCCUCUCCUUCGACCCAGUCCACCUUCUCGGAUUCAAGAAGCCCUUUACCGUGACCAGCCGUUGCAACUUGGCCAUCACUAAUCCCAACGCCCAACCAUUCGUCUUUAAAGUGAAAACGACCCACCCAGACACGUACUUUGUCAUACCGUGCACAGGGCGGGUAGAUCCCGGAAAGACGAUCAGCCUGACGUUCUCCCAAGCGUCGUUGAAACAGGAACCGCCCGAGGAUGCAAGGUGCAAGGCGAAGUUUCUGAUACUUCACACUGUUCUUACUCCAGAAAUGGAGAAGCUAUGGGCCACUGGCAGGUUUUGGAAGAGUGCUCCUGAAGGAAUUUGCAUAUCAGAGCACAUGUUGCGAGCGAUGUGGCCCGUUCCUACUCCUGGGGCUUGGUAA